AUGGGUCGAACUGUUUUUAUUGAUACAGAUGUAGUAACUUCUCAAUUAAAUUCACUUCCAAAAGAUCGAUUUUCUUUUGGUUUUGUUUGUGGUCAAUCUACCAAGUCCGAACGUGAUUAUAUUCAUUAUGCAAUCGAUGGUAUUACAUCAAAACAAGCUGAUAUCAAUUCAUUUUUUGAAUCAUCAUCAACAAAUAAAGAAUUAUGGGCAAAAAUCAUUGAAAUAACAUCAUCACUAUGUGCUGGUAUAUCGAUUAUUGGUUUUUAUUGUCGUGCUAAAAAUGAUCUAUUGAAAUCAACAAAUUUUACAUUGAAAAUUCGACGACUAUUCGAUAUUCUUCAAAGUGCAUCACGAAUCUAUUCACCGUGGAGUUUAACGCAAUCAUCACAUAGAAUAUUAUUACAAUCAGAAUUGGGUAGUGGAGCAAACAAAUGGUUAGUUAAAACAAUGGAUAUGAGUUCUGAUGCUGUUCAUUUUCGCCCUGUUGAAAUGAAAACUUAUGACAGUACAGCUAAUUCUAUGUGGUGUAUGACAACAACCAUUCCAAUUCAAUUUAAUGUAUGGCUUAAUUCAAUUGAAAAUAAAAAUAAUAAUAGUAUGAAAUUAUUUGAAACUCAAUUUGAACAACAAUGGAAACAAUAUACAGACAAUCUCAAAGAAAGUCUUUUGUUAAUGGAUGAUCGUUUGCUUUCAUUGAAUUCAUUAAAAUUAUCAUCAAAAACAAGUGAGAAUUCUGUUGAUAUUCAAUGGUUAUCACCCAUUGAUUCUAUCACACUCAAUGAAUAUUCCAAUGAAAAUCGUAUUUGUUAUAAAUUUGAUGGAGGAGUAAGCCUUCGAUUUGUUACAUGUAAUUCAGAUACAACAGGAAAUGAUAUCAGACAAUAUUUUAUUGAAGAUCUUUUUCGUUCAAUACUUAUCCGUUUAAAUUUAGCUCUUAUUAAUAAUGAAUCAAAUAAUACUGAAAAUAUUUCAAUAAAUAAAUUAAUCUUACCUCGUCGUAUUUAUAUUAAUCAACCUGUUUUUAUUUCUGCUUAUCAACUUAUUCAUGAAUCAUUAUCAACUGUUAUCGAUUCAUUACAAGAAAAUUUUAAAAUAACAUCUGUUAUGGAAGAUGACCUAGAAGCUGCUGAAGAAUUUCCACCCGAAAUAACAAAUGAUGAAAGAUUAAAACAAUUUAAUACAAAUAUAAACCAAGAUACUAAUCAUGAAACAUCGACAGCUCCAAAGAGCGUCUAUCAAAUUGUACUUACAUUUAUCGAAAAACAAUUCGGUACCGGAAAUACUAUACUAAUUGUUUUAAUCAUUUCAAUACUUAUUUUACUGAUUAGUAUGAUGAUAAAAUUAUUUACUUGA